GCUCGCGCUUCCUCUGUUCUCUCAUGGAAAGUGUUUGCGUGCAGUGUCGGUGGGGCGCGCGAGAGAUGGCCCGGAUCGGCUCGAUACUGCACGCCUUGUGGGCCGGGUUCUGGACCUGGCCCUGGACCCAAACCUGGUCCUGGGUCUGGGGCUGGCUCUGGCGCAUACUGUACUUCCCCGUCAGCUGCUGGAGGACGCUCGAAUGGCCCUGGAGACCGGCACUGCCGGACCCAGAAGAGGGCGAAAAUACCGGUCCAAGCGACGGAGCAGUCACGGAGCGGCAAGAGGACGCGGGGCCGGCUGACAGCGGGGGUCAAAGUGAGGCUGGGGGGUUGAAGAGGGCCGCGGCUUUUUCCGGCCAGAGCGCCAGUAAGCGGCCCAAGACUGAAGAGGAGUACGGAGUGGACAGCACCGAUGAGUUUGACUGCGAAUAUGACUCAACGUGGGAGGAUGACAGCGAGGAGAAAGUCCGCAAGAAGGCCAGACCGUCCAGGAACUACCGGAGUAGCAAAUUCAGGAAUUUUGAGAGAGCCGCAGCAGACAUGCAGAAUUUCCGGCAUGGAUACCCUAAUCAAAGCCGUCAUAUGCACUGGAGUAGGAACGCAGAUGACGACAUGCCUAAUCUGAAUUUCUAUCUUGGAAAGAUGGCAUCUAAACCAGAUGGUGUUUACAUUACUAAAUUCCAUUCUGAAUGGAUGAAAGAUUAUGAAAGACUGGAAUAUGUGCACACCUUCAUUCAGUGGCUGUUCCCUCUGCAGGAGCCAGGCAUGAACUACCAGGCCAAACCAAUGACAAAAGAUGAAGUAGAGAAAUUUUGUGGCAGCGAUGAGGCGAAGGAUAAUCUGCUGACCUCAUACAAGCUCAUGUUGGACUUCUAUGGCAUUGAGUUGUGUGACGAGGAAACCGGAGAAGUGAAGAGAGCUGCAAACUGGAGGGAGCGAUUCGACAACCUGAACUGUCACACACACAACAACCUGCGCAUCACUCGCAUCCUGAAGUGCCUGGGAACGCUGGGAUUCGAACGCUAUCAGGUCCCCUUGGUCAAGUUCUUCCUGGAAGAGACGCUCAUCAAUGGAGAACUUCCCAGGGUCAAGGAGAGUGUCCUCAGCUACUUUAUGUUUGCCGUCCUUAAUAAGGAAAACCGCAAGAAGCUCAUCGAGUUUGCCUAUUUAAAUUACCAUGAUAGUGAUGAGUUUGUCUGGUGCCCAAUGAAAAUUCAGAAGGCGUGGAAGCAAAAGUAAAUGAAUGCUGAAGGACGUGACUCCAGCUCCUCUGUGGAUCCACAAACUUUAGACCCCGAAGCCCGGGAUGAAGAAGAGACAAUGACAAUGGAGCAAUGACUGAGGAUCUGAGGAUGACUUCAGUAACUUGAUGACUGACGCCUGCAGCCAGUUUUAGAUUCAUGAGUGAGUUUUAUCAAAUCUUGACCAAUUAAGUUUUUUUUUUCACCCCAAAAUGUCUUGUUUUUAUUUACUUAUAGCCUAUUACUGUGAAUUUUCAAGUACCAUAAAGAUGUCACCAGAAGUCAGCUUUUUCAAGCUAGUCAUAGUUUUUUUGGGGGGGAUUUGGACUUAUUUCCCUUAAAAAAAAAAAAAAAACUUUUUUAAAAAG